GCCGCGGCGCGGCGGGCGGUUUGGCACUGCGGGAGGGCCGACUGGGCUACGCGGCGUCCCAACGGACUCACCUCGGCGCGGCCCGGCCGGGCGCAAUUAGGAGCGCGGCGUCCGCGGAACCGACCCAGCGCGGACGGGGCGCCGGCGACUGGGCCCAUGGCCUCCUCCUGCGCGAGCAUCGACAUCGAGGACGCUACGCAGCACCUGCGGGACAUCCUCAAGCUGGACCGGCCGGCGGGAGGCCCCAAUGCAGAGAGCCAGCGGCCACCAAAUACCUACAAUGGGGAUCUCAACGGGCUCCUGGUCCCAGACCCUCUCUGCUCUGGUGAUGGCACCUCAACAAACAAGUCUGGUCUCCGCACCAUGCCGCCACUCAGCCUGCAGGAGAAGCAGGUUAUAUGCCUCUCAGGAGAUGACAGUUCUACCUGUAUUGGGAUUUUGGCCAAAGAAGUAGAGAUUGUUGCCAGCAGUGACUCUAGCAUCUCAAGCAAGGCUCGUGGGAGCAACAAGGUGAAAAUUCAGCCCGUUGCCAAGUACGACUGGGAACAAAAAUACUACUAUGGCAACCUGAUUGCUGUGUCCAACUCCUUCCUGGCUUAUGCCAUUCGGGCUGCCAACAAUGGCUCCGCGAUGGUCCGAGUAAUCAGCGUCAGCACUUCUGAGCGGACUCUGCUCAAGGGCUUCACGGGCAGCGUGGCCGAUCUGGCCUUCGCACACGUCAACUCCCCGCAGCUGGCUUGCCUGGAUGAGGCCGGCAAUCUCUUUGUAUGGCGCUUGACCCUGGUUAACUGCAAGAUUCAAGAAGAGAUCGUGGUCCACAUUCGGCAGCCAGAGGGCACGCCGCUGAACCACUUCCGCAGGAUUAUCUGGUGUCCCUUCAUCCCUGAGGAAAGUGAGGAGUGCUGUGAGGAGAGCAGCCCCACUGUGGCCCUGCUGCAUGAGGACCGGGCUGAGGUGUGGGACCUGGAAAUGCUUCGCUCCAACCACAGCACCUGGCCGGUAGACGUCAGCCAAAUCAAACAGGGUUUCAUCGUGGUAAAAGGCCACAGCACAGUAGGUAUAAAGCCAGACUCUUUGGGUUCUUCCCAGUGUCUGAGUGAAGGGGCCCUCUCCCCAGAUGGGACUGUUCUGGCCACUGCGAGUCAUGAUGGCUUUGUCAAGUUCUGGCAGAUCUACAUUGAGGGGCAGGAUGAGCCCAGGUGUCUGCACGAGUGGAAGCCUCAUGAUGGACGCCCCCUCUCCUGCCUCUUGUUCUGUGACAACCAUAAGAAACAGGAUCCUGAGGUCCCUUUCUGGAGGUUCCUCAUCACUGGUGCUGACCAGAACCGGGAGCUUAAAAUGUGGUGCACAGUGUCCUGGACCUGCCUGCAAACCAUCCGCUUCUCCCCAGAUAUCUUUAGUUCUGUGAGUGUGCCCCCGAGCCUCAAGGUUUGCCUCGACCUCUCGGCUGAAUACCUGAUUCUCAGCGAUGUGCAGCGGAAGGUCCUGUAUGUGAUGGAGCUGCUGCAGAACCAGGAGGAGGGCCGGGCCUGCUUCAGCUCCAUCUCUGAGUUCCUGCUCACACACCCUGUGCUCAGCUUUGGGAUCCAGGUUGUAAGUCGCUGCCGGCUGCGGCACACAGAGGUGCUUCCUGCUGAAGAGGAGAGUGACAGCCUCAGCACCGAUGGGCCCCACGGAGCCAAUCCCAUGGAGGCCACAGCUGGUGUGCUCAUCAAGCUCUUCUGCGUGCAUACUAAGGCAUUGCAAGAUGUGCAGAUCCGCUUUCAGCCACAGCUGAACCCUGACGUGGUGGCACCACUGCCCACCCACCCUACCCACGAGGACUUUGCCUUUGGGGGGUCUCGACCAGAGCUAGGCUCUGAAGGCCUGGGCUCCACCGUGCACGGCUCACAGCCCGACCUCCGGCGCCUGGUGGAACUGCCUGCACCCGCUGACUUCCUCAGCCUGAGCAGUGAGACCAAGCCCAAGCUGAUGACACCUGAUGCCUUCAUGACUCCCAGCGCCUCCUUGCAGCAGAUGGCAGUGUCUCCAGGAAGCAGCAGUAGCAGCAGCAGUAGCAGUAGCAGCAGUAGCUCCUCGUCUCUCACAGCCGUGUCUGCCAUGAGUAGCACCUCCGCUGUGGACCCUGCCUUGCCCAGGGCUCCCGAGGAGCUGACACUGAGCCCUAAGCUGCAGCUUGAAAGUGGCCUGAAUGUGAGCAGCAGCAGCCUGCAGGCCAGCCCACGCAAUCUCUUGCCCAGCAUGCUUCCAGGCCCAGUUGACAAACUGACUCCCAAGGGACCAGACCAGGUACCUUCUGUUGCCUCUGCACUGUCCCUGGAGUUACAGGAAGUAGAGCCCCUGGGGCUCCCCCAGGCUUCUCCCAGCCGCACCCGUUCGCCUGAUGUUAUCUCCUCAGCUUCCACUGCCCUGUCCCAGGACAUCCCCGAGAUUGCUUCUGAGGCCCUGUCCCGUGGCUUUGGCGCCUCUGCCCCCGAGGGCCUAGAGCCAGACAGCAUGGCCUCAGCUGCCUCGGCACUCCACCUCUUGUCCCCUCGGCCCCGCACAGGGCCUGAGCUUGGUCCCCAGCUUGGCCUGGAUGGAGGCCCUGGGGAUGGUGAUCGGCAUAGCACCCCCUCACUCCUGGAGGCUGCCUUGACCCAGGAAGCCACUGGCCCUGACAGUCAGAUAUGGCCAACGGCCCCCGAUAUCACUCGAGAGACCUGCAGUAGUCUGGCAGAAAGCCCCAGGAAUGGCCUGCAAGAAAAGCACAAGAGCCUGGCCUUCCACCGACCUCCUUAUCACCUGCUGCCUCAGCAUGACAGCCAAGACACCAGUGCUGAGCAGAGUGACCAUGAUGAUGAGGUGGCCAGCCUUGCCUCUGUGGCAGGGGGCUUUGGCACCAAGGUUUCUGCACCACGGAUGCCUGCCAAGGACUGGAAAACCAAGGGAUCUCCUCGAGCUUCUCCCAAGCUGAAAAGGAGGGGCAAAAAGGAGGAUGGGGAUUCAGCUGUGGGGUCCCGGCAUGUAGAGCACCAGGUGGUGGAGCCCCCUGAGGAUUGGCCGGCGCUGAUCUGGCAACAUCAAAGAGAGCUGGUGGAGCUGCGGCAUAGCCAGGAAGAGCUUUUGCAGCGUCUGAGUGCGCAGAUGGACGGGCUGCAGAGCACUGUCACGGGCCAUGUUGAGCGGGCACUCGAGUCCCGACACGAGCAGGAACAGCGGUGGCUGGAGCGGGUGCAUGCUGAGUGGCAGCAGCAAGGUGGGCAAUUGCAGGAACAGCUGACACAGCAGCUGUCCCAGACCCUAUCUGCAGCUGUGGCUGGGAGGCUGGAGCGUAGCAUCCGGGACGAGAUCAAGAAGACAGUGCCUCCAUGUGUCUCUAAGAGUCUGGAGCCUGUGGCAGGCCAGUUGAGCAGUUCAGUGACCACCAAGCUCACAGCUGUAGAGGGGAGCAUGAAAGAGAAUAUCUCCAAGCUGCUCAAGUCCAAGAACUUGACAGAUGCUAUCGCCCGAGCAGCUGCAGACACGUUACAGGGGCCAAUGCAGGCUGCCUACCGUGAAGCCUUCCAGAGUGUGGUGCUGCCCGCCUUCGAGAAGAGCUGCCAGGCCAUGUUCCAGCAGAUCAACGACAGCUUCCGACUGGGCACCCAGGAAUACUUGCAGCAACUGGAGAGCCACAUGAAGAGCCGGAAGGCCCGGGAGCAAGAGGCACGUGAGCCUGUGUUGGCCCAACUACGGGGACUAGUCAGCACGCUGCAGGGCGCCACCGAGCAGAUGGCAGCCACUGUGUCCAGCAGUGUCCGGGCUGAGGUGGAGCACCAGCUGCACGUGGCUGUGGGCAGCCUUCAGGAGUCCAUUUUAGCACAGGUGCAGCGCAUUGUUAAGGGUGAGGUGAGUGUGGCUCUCAAGGAGCAGCAAUUGGCCGUCACCUCCAGCAUCAUGCAGGCCAUGCGUUCAGCCGCUGGCACACCAGUUCCUGCCGCUCACAUUGACUGCCAGGCCCAGCAAGCCCACAUCUUGCAGCUGCUUCAGCAGGGCCACCUCAACCAGGCCUUCCAGCAGGCACUGACAGCUGCCGAUCUGAACCUGGUGCUGUAUGUGUGUGAAACUGUGGACCCAGGCCAAGUGUUUGGACAACCUCCCUGUCCCCUCUCCCAGCCGGUCCUUCUCUCCCUUAUCCAGCAGCUGGCCUCUGACCUAGGCACUAAAACUGACCUCAAGCUCAGCUACCUGGAAGAGGCAGUGAUGCAUCUGGACCACAGUGACCCCAUCACUCGAGACCACAUGGGCUCUGUCAUGGCUCAGGUGCGCCAGAAGCUUUUCCAGUUUCUGCAGGCUGAGCCACACAAUUCACUUGGCAAAGUGGCCCGGCGUCUCAGCCUCAUGCUACACGGCCUUGUCACUCCCAGCCUCCCUUAAGGAACCCACUGUGCCUAGGUGUGGGAUGGCACCAAAGGCCAGCAGACAGGCCUAGGCCAGGGCAGGGUUAUCUCUGUCCUUUAUCUGCUCAGGCUCCCACUUUGGGGUUUUUGAUGGGGUGGGGGGGAGUGCAAGUUGUGGUAGCCAGCAGGUUUAGGCUGGACCCAGGUUGGAUAUUGUGCCUUCUUGGGUUCUGCCAUGCCUGGAGCAUGACCCCCGAGAUUGUGACAAUUUGAGUUGAAUUUUCCACUUUCCUUUUUACCUCCGAUUUGGAUCUUUUUGUUUUUGAAAAACAUUGAGAAAUUCAAUUAAAUGCUUUUGGAAUAAAAUGAA